AUGCCUGCUCCAGAGGCAAGAAUUUUCGAAAAUAUCAAGACAGAGAAGCCAGCCACUAGAAAGCUUCUAGAGUUAGAUAUCAAAUUUGGAGACCUCACUGAUAAGAACGUUGAGCAAUUCAGAAUUUUGAACUAUUUGAAUCUGCCUGUGAUCUACUCAGAAGACUUCUAUAGAAGAUUAAUCAAUAAUCUCAGAUACUCCAAGCUCGCAUAUCUUAAGGACGUACUGGUAGGAGCAAUAUCCUGCAAAGAAGAUGAUUAUGAGGGAGAACGAGUGGUCUAUAUCAUGACAAUUACUAUUCUGAAACCAUACAGAAGAUAUGGUAUUGCUUCGAAGUUACUUGAAUAGGCUGUCAAAGACUGCGCAAAGGGAAAUAUCAAGAAGAUGAAUCUACACGUUUAAAGCAGUAACUAGAGUGCACUUGAAUUCUAUAAGAAGCAUGGCUUUGAAAUAGCAGCUAAACUAGAUGACUACUACACUGAUCUUUAGCCUGCAGACUGCUAUGUUCUUGUUAAAAAUUUAGAAUAAUCCACAACAAGCCAAUGA